AUGGCUGAGUCUACGCAGCAGACUGGUGUCAUCACCAGCAGUGCUGACCGCAUGGUGGGCAUGGAGCAUGCUGAAGUGCGCUACUUUACGAGUUACGAUCACCAUGGGAUUCACGAGGAAAUGCUUAAAGAUGAUGUUCGCACAAGAUCCUACCGCGAUUCUAUCUACCAGAACCGCCACAUCUUCAAGGACAAGGUUGUCCUCGAUGUUGGGUGCGGAACGGGCAUUCUCAGCAUGUUCGCGGCCAAGGCUGGCGCAAAGCAUGUGAUUGGUGUCGACAUGUCCUCGAUCAUUGAGAAGGCCAAGGAGAUUGUCGCCGUUAAUGGUCUGGCCGACAAGAUCACUCUGCUCCAGGGCAAGAUGGAGGAGGUCCAGCUGCCUUUCUCCAAGGUGGAUAUCAUCAUCUCUGAGUGGAUGGGCUACUUCCUUCUGUACGAGAGCAUGCUGGAUACCGUUCUCUACGCCCGCGACACCUACCUCGUCCCCGGUGGCAAGAUCUUCCCGGACAAGGCCACCAUGUACGUGGCGGGCAUUGAGGACGGCGAAUACAAGGACGACAAGAUUGGCUUCUGGGACAACGUCUACGGCUUCAACUACAGCCCGAUGAAGGAGAUCGCCUUGACCGAGCCGCUCGUCGAUACCGUGGAGAUGAAGGCCCUCGUCACGGACCCGUGCCCCGUCAUCACCUUCGAUCUGAACACGGUCACCACGGCCGACCUCGCGUUCCGCGUCCCCUACUCGCUCACCGCCAAGCGCAGCGACUUCAUCCACGCCCUGAUCGCCUGGUUCGACAUCGAGUUCAGCGCCUGCCACAAGCCCAUCUGUUUCUCGACCGGCCCGCACGCCAAGUAUACGCACUGGAAGCAGACGGUGUUCUACCUGCGCGACGUGCUGACCAUCGAAGAGGAGGAGACAGUGUCGGGAUAUCUCGAGAACAAGCCCAACGACAAGAACAAGCGUGAUCUGGACAUCAACCUCUCGUACAGGUUCGAGACCGGGGACCCGACCCGCUCUGCUGAGGGCAGCUGCUUCUAUCGCAUGUGUUGA